AUGUUAUUUGAAAAUUUUCUAGCAGCACUUAAACUUCGAGUAACAGUAUGGCAAGAAGUAAAACGUAAACGACCAUCUAUUUCACCAUCAUUACGUAUACUUCUUCGGCACAAACAUUACUUGCAAAAUCGAUAUCGUCACACUAAACAUGAAGAAGAUCGUUUAAGGCUUAGAUCAUGGAAUUAUUUAGUGAAACAUGAAUUUAAAUCACAUCGACAACGUACUUGGAAACAAUUUAUCUCCACUGUGGCUUCUCCGAAUCCUACAUCAUUCUGGCGAACAGUGAAGAAAUUAAACAAAAAGAAAUCUGUCGACUUUGCUGCAUUAACUGAAGAAAAGAUGGUACACAAAAAUCCAGUAAACAUAGUGAAAUGCUUAACCCAACAUUUCACCGAACGACAUUCACCACCAAAAUUAGAUAUGAUGAACUCGCUUGAUAAAGAAGCCCAUGAAUUAUGGAAAUUAUACAGUACAGCUGAUACAGAUGAUAUCGAAUUAGUAUCUCAUCACUCGGAUCUCCAAUUUAAUAUACAAGAUUUAAAAAAGACAAUUGGCUCAUUGAAAAAUAAAAACUCAUCAGGAUUUGAUCACGUUUCAAAUAAAAUGAUCAAAUUACUCCCAACACAUUACCAUACUUUAUUAAUAAAUGCUUAUAAUAAAUUAUUUAGUGCUGCUCAUUGGGGAAAAGAAUGGAAAGUUGCUAGGACUAUUUGUCUUAAUAAAUGUGAUGAACCAGCACCUCGUACAAAUCAGUUAAGACCAUUAUCAAUGUUGCCGGCUUUCAGUAAGAUCUAUGAAAAGCUUUUUCUCAUUAGAUUUAAUAGUUGGUCACAACGAAUGAAUAUUUUACCAUCACAACAGUCCGGUGCAAGACCUAAUCAAGCAACAGCAACCCGUGUCAAUUGCUUAUUAGAGCAAAUCACUCAAUCAUUGCUCAACAACUCAUUUACUCCUGUCGUUUACAUAGAUUAUUUACAGGCGUUUGAUAAACUCUGGACGCAGGGAUUAUUAUUGAAGUUAAAUAGACUCAAUUGUCCAUCACCUUAUCUUAUUUGGAUUACAAAGUACUUCAGUGAUCGAACACUCAAAAUUGACUAUGGUGGUGUUGUGUCAACUGAAAUUAAAGUUGAACGUGGAGCACCUCAAGGAAGUUGUCUUGGUCCUAUUAUGUAUAUCAUUGCUCAUUAUGAUCUUCCUCAAGUUUUUGAAAUUCCUGAUCAUGUACAUGCUUAUGUUGAUGAUAUAGCAAUCGUCUAUAAUCCAUCUUUUCAUCUGAAAGUGAAGUUCCAAACUGGUGAAAUAAUUAAACGCAUCAACAAGGAUAUGAUAAACUUAUUAAAAUACUCGAAUGAUUGGCAUCAACCACUUAACCCAAGCAAAACUGAAUUUGUUGUUUAUCAUACAUCAGUUCAAUGGCCCAAGCUCGACAUUUACUAUGAUGGAGUGAAAAUUAUUCAAAAGAAAAGUUUUAAAUAUCUUGGAUUUCAUCUAGAUGCAAAACUCUCCUUUCGGAAUAUGAUUGAUGCUCAAUUUUUAAAACUAAGAAAAGCAUAUAUAAUAUUAAAGUUUAUUCAUCAGCAGUUUCCUUCAUUUUCGAAAUUGAAAAUGAAAUUUUUUAAUACUUAUAUAUGGCCUCACAUGUACAUGAUGGCAACGAUUUACUGUCUUUUUUCUAAUACGUCUUGUGAACGUGUAGCAGCUUUUUAUAGGCGAUGCUUAAGGUUAAUUCACUGUCUGUUUCAAUGUCCUACAGUAGAUUUACAUCAACAUUUUCAAUUGCCUACAAUUGAAAAGAGAUUUAAAAAAUCGUUAGUAAAACGAAUGAAAAAUAUUCAGCUACACGAGCCAAUGUUUAUUGAAUGUGCAUUACAAUACAAAUUCUUAUUUAACACGAUCUAUUAUCAUUAUCGAAUUAAAGCAAAUAUUAAGUACAUGCCUGCAGGUCGACCAACAAAUAGACUAACAUCCUAUCUUGAUAAUGAGGGACAUACUUAUUUUGAUCGCCUAUGCGAUUUUGUCUUUAGUUAA